UCAUCUGCAAUGAGCAAACUACCAAGAUCCGAUUGUUCAACUCCAUUGUAAACAACUCUUGCUGUAUGGAGUAGAGACAUGGAGGACGACCAAGACCACCAUCAGGAAAGUCCAGACCUUCACAAACAGUUGCCUCAGGAGGAUUCUCCAGAUACGCUGGCCUGACACCAUCAGUAACGCCGACCUUUAGGAAAGGACCCGCCAGCUUCCUGCUGAAGAAGAAAUCAGGAAGAGGAGAUGGGGAUGGAUAGGGCACACCCUACGCAAGCCAGCACCUACCGUUACCCGGCAGGCACUGAAAUGGAACCCCCACGGAAAGCGGAAGAGAGGCCACCCAAGAAACACCUGGCGACGCGACAUUGAGGCCGACACCACCAAGAUGGGCUACAACUGGAGUCAGUUAGAAAAAAUGGCCCGGGACAGGGGACUCUGGAGAGCUGUUGUUGACCGCCCAUAUCCUGGCAGGGGUGACGGGCAUUAGUUAGUUAGUUAGUUCAUCUGCAAUACGUCUCGGAGACCCAGAACAUCUGUAAUUCGUCUGCUAAAGAUCUGGAGAUCUACUGCGUAAAAACAUCUACUAAAUAUCUUAGAAAGAGCAGCUUUACAUCCAUUCUAAAUCAUAAACAUCUUACAGACGUCUUCUAGAUGUCUACAUGACGUCUCACAGCAGGCAUCUCCGAAACGUAUCGCAGAUGAGCAAACUAUGUAUUGUAGAUGUCUUGCGGAUGUAAAUGCUGACGUCCAAUAGACGUAAGACAGAUGUGUGCUAUCAGGGAUAGCAUCAUAAGACAGCAUACGCUCUUUUAUUCUUAGUUUUCUUAAAACCUUAAUAUAGAAGUAUACAACUUUUCUUUAGUCAGGUUUUAGUCGUUGUAAAUGCGUUAUAGUUCAAGGUUAUUUAUUUACAGAGCGUGGCUACUAUAGCCUAUAUGUUAAUAUGAGCGCGCGCAGUAGGGUUAAUAAUCGCACCCGCGCUCCGUUAGGGAGCUGCGCGCUCGCGAGAGAAUGAAUUCAUUCAAAUCUGUUGCUUUGGUAAUCUCCGCCCGAGCAAAAGCGCGAGGAGACUGUAGUCCGUAGUCUGCUAGGAGAACAAAAUGAGACAUUACAGUCAGAACUACGACACAAUUCUCAACAUUAUAUGGAGGAUGACAUGACAUUCUUGCGCGAUCGCGUGAUUUUUAAAAGUACCAUAAAACAGAGAGAUGAGUAUGAUCGCUUUAUCUUUGCUCCUGUGUGCUGAUCUGAUGGAUCUCGUUAUAGGUAAUUAUACUUUCAUUCAUGUUUGUCGUGGUUGUGUACAGGACGUGAGCGCGCUCAGGUUAUAUGGACAGCAGCCUGUCAGCUGUGACAGAUGUUUGGUUAACAGCUCCGAGUUUGAUAUGAUAAAUACUUUUUAUGCUUUGGCAAACAUUUGUUAUGUCCUCAACUUCUCAAGCAUCCCUGCUGAAGAAAUAUAGAAACCUUCACAGAAAUUGUGAUGUAGAAUUGGGUUUUUGUGAAGAACAAACUGUAAUGGUCUCUAUACUGGUAAUGUGAUGGGUUCAGUUGGAUGUUAUGGUGCUACAGCACGAAAUUGGGCCCAAUACACAAUAUUAAGGUAUAAAUGUCUAUUUAUAUUUGAGUGGCAAACAACUGAUGGUUCAUAAACCAUUGGAGUUUUUUUCAGAAGGGAUGUCAUUUUUCCAGACCACCAAAUGUACACCCUGAUCAUUCUGUUUACAUGUUCAGUAUAUGCAUAUACAUCCGUUCUAACCAAUUGAUGUAUUCAAACAAGUUGGUUUCUGGAUUGUUUUUGACUCAGGUACACCUGUCUAAUGAUUUUGAUGGGUGGUUAUUUUGAGAAUAGAGCUUAAUCUUUUGUUCUGACCCAUUUUUGGAGGGAGGCCGAGAGGAUGCUCUAAUAAUAAUUGAAUAUCAUUUAUAGCAGAAAAAUAAACACAAUAAAUAUUAAUAAUGUUGAAUAAAUACAAUAUAGAGUAAAUAGUAUGUUCAUUGGUUUUUUUCUCUAAUACUUUGAAAUAAACAACAUUGUGUUGUUUUAGACAGGGUUUUAGUUGAGUAAUGACCCAUGACCCAACUGAUGUCAUCGCAAGACUCAAUUUAUAGUUCUGUAGUUUACCAUCCGUGACAGCUUUUUACAACAUUAUUAGAGUUUAAUGUCUCUUUACCAUUGCAUGGUUACAUUAAACAGCCUAACUUAAACAUAAACUUACUAUUAACUAAUUGAUGCACAUCACCUUUGAAACAUCUGAGACAAAUGUCACAUUUGACCAAAUCAAAUUUUCUUCACAGGAUUAUUGCGAUCUGAAAUGUGCAUUUAUGUACUUCGGGUCUAUACAUGAUCUCCACUUAAGCCUUCUGUAUGAUACUCUACUCUAGCUUUUGUUCAUCAGUAUAUGAUGGAAAGAAGAACUGACAUGGGUGGUCACAGACCUAGACUGCAUGCGGAACAGCUGGCAGAAUCUCUUGGUCGAUGGGGAGAAAAAUACCAUGGAUUAGGGAAAGAAGGAAAAAAGUAAUCCAUUCGCUGAUGUCGCAGUUAAAAAUCCUAUACGGUGGAGCGGUGGGAAUUUGUAGUGUCAGAGAUGUAACUGGAGUAAAGCAAAGAUGCGUCUGACAUUGGGAACAUUGGUUGAAAAUAUAGACAACAAAUUUCUCUAAAUUGGUAUUAAGAACGGUUAUUUAACAGUCACCAUUGAGCCUCUGCCUCCUGUGGUUAUGGGGGACACAGUGACUUUGAAGUGUAAUUUCAGGACUGACGGGAACCUACGAGAGAUAGUGUGGUUUCGGGUGAUGGAAGGUGGCACCUCAAAACAGAAAAUCUUCACCUAUGAUGCCAUGUAUAACACCAAUUUUUCUCACAUAGAGGACUUCCGCAGGAAAGAAGACCUUGUUUACCAGUCAACCGUCAGACUCCCUGAGGUGCAAAUGGAAGAUGACGGACCAUAUGAAUGUCAUGUGGGGAUCUACGACAGGGCGUCUAGAGAGACGGUGGUGCUGGCGUCUGGGAGCAUCACACUUAAUGUUAUGUCUCCACCAAAAUCUAUAUCCGUUGUAGCAGCGAACCAGCCAGCUCGCUUCAAUCGCUACGAAGCUCAAAACUUCACACUGCUUUGCACAGUAACAGGAGGAAAACCAGCCCCUGUGGUGUACUUUAAAAGGGAUGGAGAACUAAUUGAAGUCCAGUCUUCCUCUGAGAAGCUAGAAAGCCGAGGCAUGCUAGCAGCCAAAAACAACCAACCCCUUAUCAGCAGAGAACUGGACGAUACAAAGAUCCAGAAGUCUCUUUCUUUUCUGGGCCCAUACAGCGAACCAGUGCGUCUGGAUAAGGACAGGUCCCAGCGCAGCUCCACGUCUGGAGCUCCUGUUCAAGAGGAACCCAGUCCUACCACUGAGGUCAUCCCAGAAACUGUGAUCAGUAGAGAGUUCCCCCGCUGGGUGCUGAGCACAAGUCCAUUGUAUUUCUUCAACCAAACGCAGUCUGAACUUCAUGAUGGCACUUUGGAGAUCCAAGCCGAGCUUACCUGGCACCUGAACCCACAGCUGGAUAAUGAAGCUCUGUUUAGCUGUGAAGUCAAUCACCCUGCCCUUUCAAUGCCAAUGAAGGCAGAGGUUACACUGUCUGCUCCAAAAGGACCGAAACUCUCUAUGACGCCAAACAAAGCAAAAGUGGGAGACACGGUCCGCAUCAAAUUGGACGGAUUUCAAAUGGGAUCCAAAACGAAUGAAGUGUUUCCCGAGCCUCUGUUCACAUGGACACGUGUGGGAGGACCCCUGCUGGAUGGAAGUGAAGAGAGAUUUGGGAAAGUGCUGGUUCUGGAAAGAGUCCCAGCUGAGCUCAACGGCUCAAUGUAUCGUUGCACAGUCCAAAACCCUUUGGGAUCAACCAACACGCACACCCGCCUCAUAGUGUUCGAAAAUCCAAGGAUCAAGAAGGAGACCAAACAUCUAAACUUUGGCAAAUCUGACGGAGCCAUUCUUGGACCCUCACUGAUGAUGUCGCUCUUAUCCUUGACCCUGGAUUUAACAUGAGCAUAAUGGGAUGCCCUUUCUUAUACUGUCAGCUCUGUUGCCAUCUAUCUCGCAGUCUUGCAGCAACCUCCAAGAAAGAGAUUGCAAGAGACGUGUUUUCAGAAUGAGAACAAUGAGAUCAUCCCACCCGACCAACCCCAUCAUGUGACCACGCGUCGGCUCGGUUUAUUUUACACCUGUUUUAUCACAAUAAUGGAGACAUAUUUAUGCAUUGAAUUUUUUCCACGGGGCAAGUACAGCUGUGUUGCAGACAAGGAUUAAAGCGAUGGAAUGGGUUAAUCCACACACUGAUAAUCCUGGACGAAUAUUACAGCUUUCAUCAUCAUAAACAGUUUUGUAAUGUAUUUCAUUAAUGUGGGUGCUUAGAAUACCCGAGCUUUUGAGUGCAGUGACUAACUGUCUUUCUGUGAUGAAGCUGAUACAGAAAGUGGAGAAUCAGCUUCAACUACUGCAUACGACCUCUAGAUGACAGUGUAGAUCUUCAGACCAAACACAUUUUUUUUAUCUAAAACAUUUUUGAUUGGUGUACACUGAGAUGUUCCUCUGAUGUGUUACGUAAUACUUUAAAGUGCAAUGGCAUUUUUUUCAGAGAACACAAAGUACGCAAUAAACAAGGUGUGUUCACUUUUAAAUGCCCAAUUCUUGUUAAAUCACUUUAUUUUAUUUAUGAAAAAUCCAUUUAGAAGGUUUAUUAUUUAUUUUGAAAAUGAAUAUCCCUGCUGAGAAAAACAAUAGAACCCUGCU